AUGGUAAACUUCUCCUCAGCUAAUUCACCAAAUAUUACAAAUACAACCAGUAGAGAAGGAGACACAGCAGAUGGCCCUUCGGUGGCUGAUGCUAUAAUUGUAAUCAUCAUUAACACCAUCACUUGUCCCUUCACAGUUCUACUCAACGUAUUGGUGAUAAAAGCUGUGAAAUCGACGCCUCGACUCCGUACCAACAGCAACGUUUUGCUGGCCUGUUUAGCGGUGACUGACGCCCUAACUGGUCUCCUUGGCCAACCAUUGUUUGUCCUGUGGAAGAUUUUCCUAUUAUUCGGUCUCAGUGACAGUGGAACAUUUGAAAUUUGUUUUUCCACAACUGCGAUUGUGAUUGUAACAGCUUCAUACUUUCAUCUGAUGCUGGUUACUCUCGAGAGACUCCUUGCGAUCAAAUUUACGAUGCAGUACCCAAACAUUAUAACUGAUGAAAAAAUGAAGAGAGCAGUGUUAGUAGUUUGGAUCCUUGCUUUUAUCCUUGGGGUUUUUAGAGUUCUAAAAAUGUCCCUAGUUGUACAUUCUUUGUCUCUCCUCCUGACUCCUUCGUGCAUUCUUUUCCUUGCCUUCGCCUACUUCGUUAUGUAUCGAGAAACACGUCUUCAACAAGAAAAGAUUAAAACUCAACAAUUGCCCCAACAAGAAGUGGAAAGAUUUAACAAGGAGAACAAGGCGCUUAAAACAACUGUGUUUGUAGUUGGUGCUGUUAUUUUUUGUCUUCUGCCACUUUGUUUCUGUCUUAUUCUUUUAGUUACAUGCUUUUGUGAUAUUUGCUAUACCAUUGCACCGGUGACGCAAACAUGUGCCAUGUUAAACUCACUUGUUAAUCCACUGAUUUACUGCUGGAGACAAAAAGAAAUGAGGAAGGUCAUAUUUCGAUUGAGAACGCAGGUCGCGGAUGCAGGUAUCCAGUGAAGGAGGGCAAUGUAAAAGAAAUGGUUGACAACUUAAUAAGUAAACGUGUGAAAUUUUGCUUUCGCCUUUUAAGCCACUGGAUGAACAAAACUCUGUGGUUAUUGGCUUUUUGACCGUUAAAUUUUUGAUCACGACUGGUGAUCUAUGAAAAGCAUGCAUAUUUCCCCAGUGUAAGAUUAAGAUCAAAGCGGCCACAAAAAAAUGAAUGAGCUAUCCACAAUUUAUGCAGUACACUUCAGUAAGUCUUUAGCUCACUGUACCAGCUUAAAUUAGCCCAUAAAAGGUUAUUGCCAGUAUUCAUGCCAACUUUCUAAUCUUUCCCUAUUCUUAUGUAAUACUUUUUUCGUUUAUUCUGCUUAUUUAACCUUCCUCAAGUAGCACCAAAGGUGUAUUUUUAACUCCCAAUAACAUGCAACCCGUUCACUCGUAUGCAGAUAAAUUUUUUUGAUUGGCCUUCCGGCCACACGUACCCAGUGAAUACGGUUGAUGAUUUUGCAACCUUUUUGAAAACGUAUACAGUGACGUAACGAUGUCACAUCAAGUCCUUCGUGCGGGAGACAUUACAAUAUGGCAGCCGACAGAGAUCUUUUUUUUUAGACUUCCGAGCGACACGUGUUGAAACUUCAACUUAACAAACACAAAUACCGCUUAUAUUUAUUGCAGGCUCAAGUUUCUUGAUAGUGCGCAUGCUCUGUUGAAAAAAAGCGUUAAUUUAUCCAGAUACAUAUCGGGCAGGUGAGGACAGACUAAAACGAUUCGAUUGGGGUAUUUGCGGACGCGAAUUUUUUUGUAAAUAUGCAUUGAAAAAGUUGCAGAUUGAAAAAUAUCCAGAUAUGUGUGGACAUGGCCAUAAACAUAAUUAUCGAUUAUAUAAAUUUCAACUGCUGUAAUUUAUGCGCGAGGAAAAGUCAAAUGGGAACACGUGCACAUAAAAGUGAAGCGCAUCGAUCACUUAGGCCCUUAUCCACUUGACUCAUUGCUUGCUGUACAAAUGAUUUUGAAAAAGCAAAUCAUUUGACUUAAUUUUUAUGGCCAUUGCUUCCUAUGGAGGCGAAGCCAUAAUGUUGAUCUGUUGAGUGAUUGAGAAUACGAAUACAAUACGAAUGCAAUAGAAUACGAACGACCUCUUCGUCUACAAAGAAGUCUGCCGAGUUUUAGACGAUAUUCCUAGCUUUUGGCUCUUGUUUGUUUCAGAACAUCUUUGGUCUUUCAACGCUCAAUUGGUGACGAUUUCUUAAAAAUGUUUCGAAUGUUACACGGAAUAUUAGCAGAUGUUCAAACUGUUUUUCGGUGCUACUUACUGUUUGUCUUGUAGUGUACUACUGAAGACGAUGAACAUCCCACAAUCAUUUCAGAAUGGCAAGUGAAAAAGAAAAAGCUUUAUCUUGCAGAAAUGACUUGAAUAGAGUGAUCUGCUCAUCAUAAAAAAUUUAGAGGUAAAACUUUUUCUUUAAAGAGGGAGUAUAUUACAGUUUAAAUCAGCGAGUUAAUCCCAAUAGAUCCGAAGAUAUAAAUGUUUUUAAUUCUCACUGUGACACUACAAUAAAUGAUGAACAUCACAAAAUAAUUUCACAGAAGCUUCUCCGAUACGUUAUAGAAAAAAAGACUUUCCUUGCAGAAAUAUCUAAAUAGGUUUGAUCUGCACAUCGUGGCAACGUUUUUUAUAUUUUACUGAGUAUUACAAAGUGUUAGUUUGAUGCGAUUAAAGGAAAAGGCUAAAUGAAACGAAUAAAGAUGAACGAUGUAACACCAGAGAAAGAUUAAUAUUUUACAGGUUGGCCAAGAAUAGGGGUAAAUUCCACGUUUAAACUUUUUCUCUCUGGUCAAUCCUGAUGCUUGUAAUCAUGAAUUCGAAUUUGAUAAAGAGCAUUUGCUUAAGAUCAUUAUUGAACUGAAUUGUUAUUUCUUAAUUCUACUCUGUAUUAAGCGGAACCGUACAAAGUGGUCACCUUGUGUUAGGCAGUCAGUUUUCGUUUAUAGUUUUGCGUUUCCGAUUUGCUUUGUUCUCUAUUGUUCCUGUGCACAUGUGGACGGAGUACUCAUUCCCAGGCGAUUUUGAAAUUAUUACAAAAGAAAAGUCAGAUUUCUUCUGCUUUUAUCUUCCGCCGAUUUCAUGCGAGGUUAAACGUCUGAAAGAAACAGUGUUUUACGACAAACCUAGUUUAUUUGGAGUAAGAGUCGAAUCUAACAUGGCAAACUUCUCCUUGGCUAAUUCUACAAAUGUUACAAAUAUAACCAGUAGAGAAGGCGACAAAGCAGAUGGCCCUUCGGUGGCUGGUGCUAUAAAUGUAAUCAUCAUCAACACCAUCACUUGUCCCUUCACAGUUAUACUCAAUCUACUGGUGAUAAAAGCUGUAAAGUCGACGCCUCGACUCCGUACCAACAGCAACAUCUUGCUGGCCUGUUUAGCGGUGACUGACGCCUUAACUGGACUCUUUGGCCAACCAUUGUUUGUCCUGUGGAAGAUUUUCCAAAUAUUCGGUCUCAGUGAUAGCGGAACAGUUGAAAAUUGUUAUGCCACAGCUGUAAUUGUGUAUGUAACAGCUUCAUACUUUCAUCUGAUGUUGGUUACUCUCGAGAGACUCCUUGCGAUCAAAUUUACGAUGCAAUACCCAAACAUUGUAAAUGAUGAAAAAAUGAAGAGAGCAGUGUUAGUAGCUUGGAUCCUUGCUUUUAUCAGUGGGGUUUUUAGAGUUCUAAAAAUGUCCUUAGUUUUACGUUCUUUGUCUGGCCUUUUCAUCUUUUCGUGUAUUCUUUUCAUUGCUUUCGCCUACUUCGUUAUGUAUCGAGAAACACGUCUUCAACAAGAAAAGAUUAAAACUCAACAAUUGCCCCAACAAGAAGUGGAAAGAUUUACCAGAGAGAACAAGGUGCUUAAAACAACUGUGUUUGUAAUUGGUGCUGUUGUUGUUUGCCUUCUGCCACUUUGUUUCUGUCUUAUCGUUACUGCUACAGGCCUUUGUGAUAUUUGCCCCAUUCCCAAAACUUUGACGCAAACGUGUGCCAUGUUAAACUCACUUGUUAAUCCACUGAUUUACUGCUGGAGACAAAAAGAAAUGAGGAAGUUCAUAUUUAGAUCGAGAACGCAUGUCGUGGAUACAGGUAUCCAGUGA